AUGGCUGCCCCACCGAGUCUUGGACCUACACGGAUUAUUCUUGACGUCGUAGGAGAUGUUCCAGAUUGGAAAGAGGAAUACAAGAAAUUCUUGUUAUCUGUAAAAGACUCGGAUGGUUAUUUCCGCUAUCGAUGGGGUCCUUGGAAGGAGGACUCGCAUAAGUUGGAGAUAAUGGCUACUUGGGCCUCUCUGGAGAGUCGCGCUGCAUUUGGGAAGUCCCCGCAACAUCAGCAAGCAGUUGAGGCUCUGAAGCCAGUACUUGCCGGACCCAUCCCUACCAAAUGUCCCAGAUUUGAUCUCGAUACGAACACAUUCGUCCCUCCGCCGCCUCAGGUCAUCAACAGCCCUAUCUGUGAGGUUGUUACGAUUCGUCACUGUAGUGGCAACGCAGAGGAGAUGGCUGCCAAGCUUAAAAAGGCAGAAACCUUGCCAGGUUGUUUUGCUGCCCACUCGGGUAUUGGGGCGUCAAACACACCUGAGGGCACUAUCUGGCUUGGGUUCAUCGGGUGGAGGGACUAUGAGUCAAGCAAGGAUGCGGACAAAUCGGUUUACAUGCCGCAGGGUGUAGGCGAUAUGGAGGUCCAUCACAUCAACUUCAAUUUUCCUAUUAAGGGGUUUUCUGUUACUAAUCCUGGGAGAUGAAUGGUUCCAGCGG